UUGAGUGGCCUAAGACGGGCAUAAAUUACUGAUUAUAUGCCUAAAUAUGAUUAAGAUUGCCUAAAGUAUGGAUUUAAACGAACCCUAACAAUUACAAAAAAAUAUUUGUGAAUUCAAAAUUGCUAGUCAGAGCACAGUAUUAUAAUUAUCAUAUGUUAUUGGGAAGAAACGUCAAUCACCGUCUCCGAUAUCAAUACAAAUUAGUUCAAUUUUUGUUUUGUUUGUCGGGAUUUCAUAGCUGGUGCUAAAAAUCCAUCACAAAACGCCCAGUUUGACUACGCAAAACUCCCAAUAUACAGAAAAUGGCUAGCGACUGGGAGUGUAUUCCACACACGUACGAUGUGACGAAGAAUUACCUUCAAAGCUACCAAACCUACGAACAUCCACUGAAGAUACAGACAGUGACAGUAGUGGAAAGCAAAGGCACGAAGCAGGCUUUGAAAGAUAACCGAGGGAGUUUCAGUAGCAACGCUAGCUCGCGUGCUUCCUCAAGCAUUUCAUUACUAACGGAGCCGCUCGGUUCGGCCCUGGAUGGGACCGAUCCUUUAUCGCAGUUUGCACGGCAAGAGCAAGAACUCAAAGAUCCUCUUUCAAAUACGUCUUACGACUACCAAAAGAAGGCAAAAAGACGGGAGAGAAACGCGUUAGAGGAGGAUGAGCUGAGUUGGGCCACCAAACGGCUGGGCAUAUUAAAUCGAUUUACAACCUCGGAGAAGCUCUCGAUUACAACCAGUUUUCUUUCCACUGGGAGCACAGGAGCAGAUGGCAUCAGAGCGCAAACUAUAGUGGCGGAUAAGGUAAAAUUUCGCCUCGAGCAACUAGACGAUUUCGAUGAUGGUUCCGUGCGCCACAUGAUAGACCUAACGCAACAGGAAUACAUACAACGAAUUGAACAACUGAAUCAAGAGUUGGUACUGUCGUGGAAUGACGAUCAACGUGUAAAAGCAUUAAAAAUUGUAAUACAAUGUUCGAAAAUGCUUUCAGACACUUCCGUACUUAGCUUUUAUCCCAGCCAAUUUGUGCUUAUAACUGAUAUACUCGAUAUGUUUGGUAAAUUAGUUUACGAACGUCUGAAUAUUAAGGCAAACAAUGACUUUGGCGAUGGAGACACCGGGAAAUUGGGAAGAACUGAAUAUAUGAACGAAAGUGCACGAGAAACCUGCCAGAAUUGGUUUUUUAAAAUUGCCUCUAUCCGCGAACUGCUGCCCCGUCUUUAUGUAGAAAUGGCUUUAAUGAAAUGUUAUGAAUUCAUAACACCAAGCGAAAUUGACAAGUCCCUGCGCCGCAUUACCAAAAUGAUCCGUGGCAUUGGUGAUCCUUUGGUGCAAACGUAUGCGCGUUGCUAUUUGGUGCGCGUCAGUUUGGCUGUAAUUACGAAUAAAGAAUGCAUAAGAGAGAAUUUCAAAGAUUUUUUAAAAAUCUACCACACGAUUUUUUGCGGUACUGUGCGUUCGGAACUUAAUCGCCAGCGUGUGAAUAUAGAAACAUACUUGGCACUAUAUGGCCCGGCAUUGGAUUUUAUGCUAUCAGCGCUUGUUCACAAAUGCAAUCUGUACACAGAAGAAAUAAUCGCUGAAUGCAAGGGAGUAAAAAAUAAUGCACCGCUUUUGAUAUCCAUAUUGAAUGCGUUCAAACCGGAAUUCAUCGCUGCCAAUGCCAUGGAAUUCGUCAAACUACUAACCCAUUCCAAUGCGGAAGGCACUUCGAAAGGACAGUUAUUUCGCGCACUAGGUAGUAAUGUCAGCGUCUGUCCACCACUGCCAGAGCAGAGAUUGCCGUUUUUAAAUGCUGCUUUUAACGCCAUAGACACUUUCGCGGAUCCAAUGGAAUAUAUAAAUUGCGUGGAAACUUGGGCACAUUUCAUCACAGACAACUUUCCCGUAAGCGUUAUCAACGAUCUGCUGGGCACAAUCACAUUGCGGGUCAAAGUCAGUCGAGCAUAUGAAAAGCAUUAUAAUCAGCUACAAAAUAUUCUAGACAAAAUCCUGCAAUGCUUAAAAAAUACAGAAUCGCUACUCAUUCAAGAAAAUUUUCUGCCAUAUGUUGAUCUUUUCCAAAAGGACACAAUCAAGGUUGGUGUUUGCAAAAACAUUCUCACAAUAUUCCAUCUUAAGAGUGAGGAGAAUAUUUCCGAUGAAAUUGUCAUCAACGCUCUUACGUAUAUUGGAAAAAUUCUUAACGACUCCGUAACCGCUUUAACUGUGGAAGAUGAACGCCGUCAAAUUUCGCAGUUGAUCAGCAGUUCCAUACGUAAGGUUGUUUUCCCACGCGACUUUGAACGACAGCUGAGCUUUUAUGUGGAGGCACGCGAGGCUUUCACCAAUUUGGAUGCGGUCUACAUAACAUUGGUUAAUGCGGUCAAUAAAUUAGCAGUCGAGACGCAACAUAUAGUCAACGGAAAGCAUACACGUAAAACCGGCGCUUUUGUUAAGGCGUGUGUAGCCUUUUGCUUUAUAACCAUUCCUAGCAUUACUGCCGUUCAAUCUCAAAUGGACCUGUAUUUGCUGACUGGCCAGGUGGCACUUUUGAAUCUAUGCUUAGGACAAGCGGAUGCAUGUUUUGAAGCCUCGCUUCAAUUAGUUAGCGAAUUGCCGCGCUCAGUAGAGAUUGAGGGCAAAACGCGUAGCCUGGAAACGUAUUUAAUUUCUUAUCUUUGCAAUAUGUUAGCCACAUUGGUGGUAGUGCCGGAUAGCCCAGAACAAGGUGUUUUGUAUUUAUUACGUCUAUUACUGGAAGUAGUAAAUAAAUUUCCCUUCGAAACACAUAGCUCCGGACCCAUCACUGUGUACUUGCAUGCUCUGGACAUGUUGUAUGUGCAAAGUUUAGAAGAGUUCCCCUAUCACAUACCUGGCGUGGUUUCCAAUGAUGAACUCUAUGGCAAUGAUCCGAAAUUUGUUGCUGAAGUGAAUAAUAUUUGUACGCAAGUCGUUGACCAAAUUCUAGCACAACUCAAAAUACUCGGUAACGCACAUCAACAACGUGCGCAGGCCACACUCGCUUUGGAACUCUUUUUGCGGAUCAUCCGGUAUGCAAAUCUCUGCCGCGAAAAAACCUUCCAUUUGGCUCUAAAUCUUUGGCUGCUUGCUGUUAAGGCGGAAUCUCAUAUCGACUCUAAAUUAAUUCCAUAUUCGUUGAAAACCGUCGAAUACACCUACAAGAAAAUAAUGAACACAAAUACGCCGCAUGCACAGUCUUUGGCGCAAUUGAUGUUACGCAUUCGAAACCAAUAAAUUUUGUAUUUUUUAUUACGUGAA